AUGACGGAGCCGGAACUCCACGAAACGGCCAUUGAGACCAAAGGCGUUCUCGAAUUGGCAGACACAGUCAACUCUUCGCUUCCGGCAGGAGCUUUGAUCGACGUCGACGACCCAAACAAAUUGACUGUACAGAUCACCUGGAACGCAAAAGUCAAAGUCAAAAAAUACGCCUUCGACGGCUCCUUCAGCGUCCACCUCUUCACCGGCUACGUCAAAGACGACCAACCCGAACGCUACAUGACCAAGAAAAACGAAGUCGGCUUCGCAGGCAUCUUCGCACGGAGCGCCGCAGAUAUCGAAAACUGUUCCAACUGCCAGUCCCAACGCGACAACGACAUCGUCAUCGAAGACGUCGUCCCCAUCACCACGAUCCUCUACGACUACCUAGAAUCUGAACCACACAGUCGUGACCUCAUCCGUGACGGCGAGCAUCAGACAAUUCGAGAUCUGACAGCAGAAAGCGUCGUACCGUUCUUGACCGAGCAGCUUCAUUGGCGUAUCAUCGAUCUUGCCUCCGAGGCAUUGAGACUGGCCACUGAGCCAUCUCGCCAGCCAUACGUAUGCCGGUCAUGUAUGGCGCAAGCUGCGCGACAAUUCCACACGACUCGCCAGCGCGACGCCCAGCGCGAAGUCCCCUAUUACCAGCGAUUAAAAGACUCAAUAUUCGGCAAAAAGCAGCCAGAGAAGAAGAAGAAGCAAGACGAUGGGGAUGUGUCUGAUCCAGAAGCUGAGCGCGAGGAAUACCACACGAGAAAGACCAUAAUGCAGAACGGAGUCGAGUACGAAGUUGCGCAACGAGUUGAUCCCAGCAAAAGAAAAGAUUAUUUGCCAGCAACGACUUGGCAUGGAUUGGAGCGCGUGGGUAAUCGCGAGUGGGCGAAAGCUCGUGCUGACCAAGGAGAGGUAUACGAAGGCUUCAUGCGCGAGACUGGAGCCAAUCUGGACAGUGAAGAAGAGCUCCUCGAAUUAGAGAAGAAAAUUCUGGAAACCGUCCAUCGCGAGACGCCAAGCAAGGCGGGACAACAAGACCUUACCAAGAUAAACAUCACAAACCCCGACCUCAAACUAGCAAUCGUCCGAGAAGUCAUCCGCUUCACCGGCAAACGCGUCCCAGACCAGAUCAUCUCCAAAGCACGCACAGCCGAAGAUAUCUUCCGAGCAGUGCAAGCCAAAGAGCCCCCGAAAAAGCUCAAAGACGAUCCAAGAGUACAGGAACUCGGCGCGAGCGAGAAACUCCCCAACGUCAAGGUGUAUUCGCAAAAACGAACGUCCGUGCACAAAGAGAUGGAUAUCGGAAGAUGGAAGGUCAUCGAGGAUGAACUGAAACUCAGGAAUUUGCCGGUGUUUGGCACGAAUUUUCCCUAUGCGAAGGAAGGAGUGAGGAUGCAUGAGAAGAAGGUGGAUUGGAGGAAACAUGGGUAUGUGAAGUAUAAGGCGAAGAAGGCGAAGAAGUGA